AUGGUCCACAACGAUAGCCUUGGUUUUCAGAGCGUUAUGAGUGAAUCAUUACUGCCGGAUGGUAUAUCCGACGCCAUCAAUGCCACUGUCGUCUUUCCUUCAGGAACUGUCGAAACAAGGCCGACCCAGUUGUGGGAAGUGAUCGUGGUGAUUUCAUGCCCUGUACUUUUUGUGCUGUUCCUCUGCUGCUGUGUCGUUUGUAUGAUCAUCAAGAAUUAUGACCGACAACCAACAAUAGAACCGUUGCGAAGGCGAAAUCUUGGUCGAAUUAUGCGACAACUACCACCUCCACCUAAAUAUGACGUUGACGGAGUGAUCCCGAGGGAGUUCACAUAG